AUGGGUCAAGUUCCAAAGUUUCCUGGCAACAAAUACUUCUACAACGCCGUAGAUGACUGCUCAUAUGCACCGGCUAUCGCCGAUCUAUCAGUAUGGGCAACCACACAGGAGCACACGAAGAACGAAGCCUUCAACUCUGUAAAUGGCGACACUUACAUCUGGAGAUAUCUUUUCAGGCGUAUUGGGAAGUACUUUGGCAUGGAGAUUCCGGACCAAACUGAAUGGGAGGUCAUGGGGGACAAAGAGAAGAUGGCACACUCAUUUCGCAUGGAAGACUGGGCAGCUGACAAGAAGGAAAUAUGGAAUCGAGUUUGCGACAAGUAUGGAGGCAAUAAGGAAGCGUUCGACUGGGGAACUUGGUUCUUCUUCGAUUGGUCGGUCGGGAAAUCAUGGCCGACAUUGUCAUCUAUGUCCAAGGCACGUAGGUUUGGCUACUCUGGAUACUGGGACUCGUACGAAUGCUGGAUCGAGACGCUGAGAGCCUUCGAAAAUGCCGGCAUCUUGCCUCGCAAUGAGAGGCUGCACGAGACGCGACCCCUUACCGAGGAGAAAGGCUCUACAAAGAAUGGUGUGGUCAGCAACGGUGUUAAGCCCUCAGAUUGA